AUGCAACACCACAGCAGCUGCGGGAAAGGCCAUAACGCCCUCGCUCACCUUCCGAGGAAGGCAAGCUCGCAGAUCGCCUUCUCCGACGCCAAACCGCCGCCGCUGCCACUCCCCCUCCCCCGUGCGCAGCAGAACGCAGAGGCUUCGCUGCAUCGAGAUCUAUCGAUUCGGGACACCAGCAGUCAUCGCCUUGUAUCUGCAUGCACCAUAGGAUCCACACUCUCAUCGGCCGGCAAGGACACGGAAGAGAUGCUGCUGAACGUGGGAGGGACGCCCAUGACCUUCCCACGUGACCGGCUGCUCCGUCGAGGUCUGAGGGACACCUGCUUGGCUGUGCUGCUGCAUCGCUUCGAGGACUGGAUGGUCAAAGACGACAUCGGCAUUCACUUCAUCGACGCAGAUCCCAAGUUCUUCAUUCGGUGGGAGCCACGCCGAGAUGACAGCUCACAUGCGCCACAGCGCACUCAUGCGUGGAUCCUGCUGUGUUGUGUUUGUGUCAAGGUUGGCCGCCGGCCUGCGUCAGAUGUGGAGCAGCUGGGUGAGCUCAGGACAGAUCUGCGGUGCUGACACUGCAUUGGCCUUUUACUACGACCGCUUCAUGGCCAAGACGGCCCUCAAGAUCGAGCCACAGCCCGGCGACAGUGAGAACAGUGCCUUCCGUGCCUUCAUGGCCAUCAUGGGACCCUUCAUCAAGACGUCCUGUGGCGGGACGGGCGGCAUUGAGGUACUCACCAUCAACGGACUCGUCGUGUCGACCACCGACGCCACACUGGCGGCAUUCACAACACUCAACAAGCGGUUCACCGAGUGAGCGUUGCGGGCAGCACACCAAUAAGGAGUCAGACGAGAGUGUCACCCGUGCCGUUGUUCGUGCAGGUACAGUGGCCCGGUUCUGACCUCUCUCAACCACUUCCACAAGUAAGUCGAGAUGUGUGUGAGUCCGGGGCAAACAAACAUAGGUGCCUGGUUUGCUCUCACAACACACAUAGGGUGGUGGACUAUGCCCAGCGCUGUCGCAUCGCCCCUGCCGACGCUGUCAUCGACUUGCCCGCGUGUGAGGAUGGCGACGUUGAGCUGUCGCUCGCGGUUGAGAUGUACGGCCUGCUGGAUGACGGCUGUCCUAACAUACUCUCUGCCGACACCAUGCGCACACUGCUCAGCAUGACCGGCAAAAUGCACGCGCUAUGCCUCUUGAAGUGAGCAAUGGAUCGCGGACAUGGCAAAAGGGAAAUUGGACCACACGGGUAUGAUGGUUUUUUGUCCGUCAGGAGCUCAAUCCACGGCUGUGAUUUCGAGACGUUGCUUGCGCGAGCGGCCGGUGCGUAUGGCCUGCUGUUCGUCAUCGAGGAUGAGCACCACCACACGCUCGCGUGCCACAUGGACGGGCCUUUCAUCCCCCCCGCUGACCCCACAUCUGAGCUGCUGACCGGCUGCCCCGUCACCUUCUUCUCCAUCAGUGGCGCAUUCCUGGAGGGCAUCACCAAAAUCAACAUACCGCACAAUUGGCAGUGUGUGGACGUCGCCGGCACGGAGGGGGCGGCAAAGACCGACAAGGGUGCGUCAUGUGCCAAGGUCGCCAUCGGUGGCGGCCGUCUGUGGCUGGGUCACAAGGAUGGCCGGCCGAGUAACGACCUUCGGCACUGCCAGCAGUGGCUGCGGAGGGAUGAUCUGCCCGACGGCGGCGAGACGUACAUGGGCAGCUACAACGAGGUGGGAUCGGCCACACUAGCUGCCACCUAUUACUUCACCGCCACGCGACUGGAAGUGUACCAGGUCAGCCACACAUGGCCAUGAAGCGUCGAAUCCAUGGGGACCUCAUGACUCUCCAUUGUGUUGCUGAUGUGAUGUGGGUCAGGUGUGGAGCACUCGUCCGGCUGACCCCAUCCUCUCUGCUGACGACCUCCAGGCCCUCAUCGACAUGGCGACCGACACACCGAUGACUUCACAGCUCCUCUACAAGUGAGUGAAUUGCCAAAGGAGGGGCCAUGCCUGAUGCUCAAGCGCACUCCCGCUCUCCUGCCUCUUUGUGUGUGUCAGGGGUGAGCGUGACGGUUGGACCUAUGAGGCCCUCUUCGCCAAGGUGGGCGGUGCGGUCGAUCUGCUGCUGCUCUUCAAGGACACCGGCGCCCACACCUUCGCCAGCCACAUCAAGGGGCAGCUCAAGCCGCCAGACGACCCCACGGCAGUCGAGACGACACCCUGUUCCGUCACCUUCUACUCCAUCAGUGGCGCAUUUGAGCCACAGGGCAUCACCAAGAUCACCGUGCCCGACAACCAGCAGCGUGUGGUGGUCGCCGGUGCAGAGCGGUUGGUGAAGGGGACGAAAGACAUGGCCGGCAAGGUGGCCAUCGCUGGCGGCCGCCUGUGGUUGGGGUACCGGUUCGGGGAGGGUGGUCCGGCUGGCGACCUUCGCAGCGGCUGUCAGCUUGUGCUGAAGGCUGAGCUGCCCGACGGCGGCAGGACAUAUCUCGGCGGCUUCGACAGUCAUGGAUACGCCACGUUGGCUGCCAGUUAUGUGUUCACGUAUGCCAAUCUGGAGAUUUAUGCACUGCGGGUCAGACACGGACUGGACUGGAGAGGAGAGGGGAGGGGACACAGCACGGCACAUAUCGCGUUUCGCUUCUGUUCAGGCGUUGGACGGGCCGGCCCGCCCAACGCCGUAACAGAUGCUGGUCUUUUAUCGAUCUUCGUGAUUGUACAGACUAUCUUCAUACAGUCUCAUGUAUUUGUCUAGCUACAUACCUGCAUAGCUUCCCUGUGGUUGCAAGCCGAUCUAUCCACAUUAGGAAAGUGAUGAUGUGCCGGUGCGUGUUUCCUAAUCGAUCGAUGUGUUAUGGAUGGAUGGAUUCAUGGAUGGAUGAAUUGGAGCCAGUCAAUCUGUCAGUUCAUGUGUUCUGUCGCUCAGCGACUGUAAACGCCGUAGUCGAUGGCAUACUCUGAAGGAACAGACAGACAUGUAGACACAAACUUCCUAGACUGAGUUGCUGAGACUUGCCUGGGAAGAUGUAUUCUCGGGUAAACUGGCCUGGCUGCGGCUUUGAGUCCACUCUUGCCUCAAUCUCGUUGCGCU